GAGCCAUCCAUUGCUCUUCGCCUCAAUCCUUCGGGAAUGUUGACAUUUUAGAGGGCCGCUUAUACGAGUUGCUCCACUUAUCGUGAUCCCAUACCGGUCCUAUGCCUGAAUCAAGGUUUGCGUGGUAUCAAGGGACGGAGUGAUGGUCUAGCUAGGACUCAGGUAAGGUAUAAAGCCAGUGUAUUGCCUCGCUAUUGAUCCUGCUCCUCAAUAUCCACAUUCUUGCCUCGGCUCCUCGUUGUCUAUCAGAUACGGUGUCACUUGACCAUGAAGUGCUUCUCGGCGUUGACGCUCCUUUUGAGCACCUCGACUUUGGCCACAGCAGCGCCUGGCUUCCUCACAAAUGACACUCUGGCAAGGGAGCUUGCGAUCGCAGCGACCUAUCACGAUCCUCAACCUCCGGUCCCGCUCUCAAUGCACCCCUCGUUUAUUCAUGAUCAAGAUCUGGCACGAAGAUGGGAAUGGCCAACUUGGAAUCAAGGAGGAUGGUAUCAAGCUACUGUUGGUCUUCUUGCAGGUGCAGUCGUAGUCGGUCAAACCGUGUGGCAUUCCGCGAUCACCAACUGUCUCGAGUACACAUGGAACUGGCAGGUAGUCUCUACCAAUCUCGAUUGCAUCUAUUCGGUCCUCCAUAUCUUGUUCAGAGCAGGACUCAACUCUCUGAACACCUAUCAGGAGUCUGCAAGGGUCAUGAACGAGUACUUUGGGCAAGCCAAGCGGGGCGAAAAUGGUACCAGCUUGUCUCACAACGAAGUGCUGGCAUCUCUCUCGGAAAUCAACGGUUACAAUGUUACCGGCUAUUCUUUGUCUUCAGAGCAUAUCGAAAACGCCAUUACUCUCUAUGCGGACUAUACGAGUGCGAUCUCUACUCAUACAUUCAACGAGACCCACGGCCACAUGAUCGUAGCACGAUCCUCAAACCAGACUUCCCCAUCGAAGCGGGACCAUUUCUCCUUCCCGACGAAUGUCGCUGGUAUCAAACUAUCCUACAACAAACCUUGCGCAAACAACAACUUGUACUUUGACUCUGUCGAGGGUCAGGACUUCUACAGAGUCAUGUGGGAUUUGGCAAACUGGAUGUACACAACCUCAUAUUCAGACAAGUAUGCAUUUGAGAUGUACAAUCCGGCAAACCACAACGCCAACUACUUGUAUGGAACGAUCAUCGCGGAGGCGGGUGGGUUUGGUGAUGGCUACGAAGGGUUUCCCUAUGAUCUGGCGACCGGAUGUUGAUGAAAGCGUGGGUGGAAGGGUGUGAAAAGAGGUCAAUGUGGUUUGUUUUCAAGUUCCGGGCGGUUGUUGGCGCUGUUACACAGCCCGCAAGUUAUAGAACAGAUAUGAAGCUGCUCCAAAAAGUUGUACUGUGUGCUUGCGAAGGCUAAAAUCUUCCUAUGUGAAGAUCUAUUGAACCUAAUACAGGCGUGAGAUGGGAUAUGAAUCUAUUGAAACUGGAUUGACGUACAACAAGUAGCCUGAUACAAGAUUGCGAACCACUAGCGUCUUCCACAACGACAGGCGCAAGUCACUGCCUCGCGGCAACCACAAGUCCAUUCAUCUUCAUGUCGGGUGGUAAAAU